AUGGAAGAUCGCGCCCAGCUCGAAAUAGAACUGGAAAGCCUUCUUGAUUACCACUUUAGUGACCAUAAUUUGUUAGAAGAGCUCUUACAAGCAGCUGGAUCUUCUGUUUCUGAUCCUGCGGUGCAUGGAGAUCGACAUGGUAACAAACGUCUUGCUCUCCUCGGCGACUCAGUCUUGUCAACGGUCCUUCUAGAGCAGUGGUAUGAAAGUGGCCAAAGCACCGGGAAGUCGUCAAACAACCCGGAUGGUAACCGCCUAUUAAAAACACAUGCAAGCAAUAAUGUGUUGAGCUCUAGAGCAGAAGAAUUGAAGUUGGAUAGGUACAUUAUAAAAAACCCCGUUCAUCAUGGCAGUGUUCCAGAAGGUACUCUUUCUUCUAUGGUUGAAGCGAUCCUCGGCGCUGUUUGGAUUGAUUCAAAGAGAAAUCCAGACGAAGUCUUGCAUGUCAUGAAGGAAAUGAAAUUGUACUAG